AGCUAAAUCUCCAGCAGCAUACCGACACACACAUCCUGUACUUAGCUUCGGUCCGUCCAGCCCAAGUUCAGGCCUGAUGCUCCUUGGAGCGAGUGACAAAAACCAAACGAACUGUUUUAAGUGUAGCAUUACAGUUAGUUACAAUAGUUUUCACCCCCCAGCACACCGUUGCCAGGUUUAGCUAACAGGAAGCGCUAACGACUGUUGGCUAAACUCCUUCUCCGGCUGAGGGGCCACAGACUAAAUCCAGCUAUGUGACUUUCUCUGAUGUGUGGAUUGGUAAAUGUGCACAGUGUCUAGUUGGUCUGGAGGGACAUCGCACUGACAUACACAUCCACCAGACCUUGAACUGAUUUGGCUGAACAGGUGUAUGUUGGCCUGGAGUGCAGCAUAACUUUGCCCCUUCGCUCAUCCUGCCGCCCGCUUGGACUACUAUGCCUCUGGGUCUGGGAAGAAGGAAGAAGGCAUCCCCGUUGGUUGAGAACGAGGAGGCCGAGCCCAUCCGCGCAGGUCUCAAUGUAGCAGGUGUGGAUGGCCUGGAUGGAGGUGUUGUUGGCAUGGGAGAGGGUGCGACCUCUGAAGGUUUGCCGCCUCCACCCAGCAGCUUGCGGCCUCGCCUCAUUUUCCACACCCAGCUCGCUCACGGCAGCCCCACCGGUCGCAUCGAAGGCUUCAGCAACGUGCGGGAGCUCUAUGCCAAGAUUGGUGAGGCUUUUGGGAUUCCCCCCUCUGAGGUCAUGUUCUGCACACUGAAUACUCACAAGGUGGACAUGGAUAAGCUGCUGGGAGGGCAGAUUGGGCUUGAAGACUUUAUUUUUGCGCACAUUAAAGGCCAGAAAAAGGAAAUUGAUGUUUUCAAAGGCGAAGAUGCGCUUGGGUUGACAAUCACUGAUAAUGGAGCUGGCUAUGCUUUCAUCAAGAGAAUCCGAGAGGGGAGCAUCAUCCACAAGAUUCAGGUCAUCAAUGUGGGAGAUAUGAUCGAAUCAAUCAACGGCCAUCGCUUGAUUGGCUGCAGACACUACGAGGUGGCCAAGAUGUUAAAGGAGUUGCCCAGAGGAAAGGAUUUCACCAUCAAGCUGAUCGAGCCACUCAAGGCUUUUGAUAUGAUCAGCCAACGAUCUGGAGGCUCCAGGUCGGCGUCAGGGGUUCAGCUGGGGACCGGCAGAGGAACCCUUCGGCUGCGAUCUAAAGGUCCUGCUACUGUAGAGGAACUGCCUUCUGCUUUUGAAGAAAAGGCAAUUGAGAAGGUGGACGACCUGCUAGAGAGCUACAUGGGCAUCAGAGACAGUGAACUGGCCGCUACCAUGGUGGAGCUGGGAAAAGACAAAAAGAACCCCGACGAGUUCGCAGAGGCUUUAGAUGAAACCCUGGGAGACUUCGCGUUUCCAGAUGAAUUCGUCUUUGACGUCUGGGGCGCCAUCGGCGAUGCAAAAGUUGGGCGGGUGUAACCAUAGUAAUUAAUGGAUCAGAACAACCUGCGUGUGACGCCCACACCGUUCAGCACUACUAGGAAAACCAACACUACUGUUACGAGUUUUUAUUUUUAAUUUAGAGUGUAUCAUUUCCACAGACUCUGCCUAGCGGAUGAAUCCAGUAAAUGGGAAAAGAACGAGCGCAUUCAUUUCCCAAGUGCUUUUAUUUGUCUUCCGUCCUUUUCCUGAAGCUAGCGGCCCAACGAUGAGCAUCUCCAUGAACCUGCAUGUCACUGUUGUAGUUGCUGUCAGUGGAAUACGUACAGCACAAGUGUCUGACAUGGGAGCGUGAAAGACAACUGAAUACAGAAGCAGAUUUUUGAUACUUAGUAAAAAUGUGACACCCCCCCCCCCCAUUGCACUGUGUUGCACUGCGCUGUAAACCAGCAACAGAAGUGAACAGGGACUGCACUGCACCUCACCGGUGUGUGGCACAGGUAUUGCACAGUAUGAAGCAUCGGCCUCCCUGAACUCUACAGUAUUUUCCUGCAUCACUCGAUGUUACUGUUACCAGUUUUAUAAGCAUGUGCUGUUAUAUUUUUGUCUCACAAUGGAUUUAGCUGGUUUCAUGUUUUUGUUAAAUAUGUGCUUACAGAAGGAUCGUCGUAAAUUGUAGCUCCGGACUAAAUGAUCAGUGGUUUGUUCACGGUUAACACCUACCAUGCUGUAAUGACUUUAACAGCACAUUCCUUUUUUUCAUACAUUUGACAGUGUUACACAAAAUCAGUGUUAAUGUACAAUUUAUUACGUCAUUUUGUGGGAACAAAAGCAAGUUUGUGGAUCUUGUUAACAUGUUCUUUCUUUUUUAAAUAUGAAGUGAUGUUUAUUUUAGAACAAAGCUCAUGAAGAUAUUAAUACUGUCUUAGUUACUUUAUUGUUUUGACACUACAGUGAGAGCUGAGAUUCCAGUGUUUAAGAUGAUGCCUUCAUUUGUCAUUUCAUGCAAUUCACACAUUUUGAUGGAGGAAUGGGUUCUGCUGCACAAAGCUGAAAAGUCAAGGAUACUGUUGAAGCGAAACGAGACCAAACUACUUGUGUGUGUUUUGGAGAGAAAUUGGGCAGCGUAGGUAAACUUGCGUCUUACAACACCGUUGGUGUUCACCUUUUCAAACCCUUUCAAAUGGUUGAAGCUAUUUUGUAGGGUUGUGUCAUUCCUCAGAGUUGAUGACUAUCUUAAGUGGAUUUAUCUAAGAAAAACUGAUGCUAGAACACUGUAACAGAGAAAAACACGUUAUUUUGAUGGCUUUGUAUUACUCUGUUGUGAAUGUCUAAUUAUAAUGCAAUAACAAUGGAA